AUGUCUUCCCAAACCACUCGAGAUGAGGAGAUUGAGCUCGGAUGUGCUCGACAGAGCACACAAAUAGAGAUUCUUACAGCAUAUAUUGACUCAAUCGAGGCACAACUCGACGACCCCCACUUUAUGCUUGUUACUCAAGCUCUUACCGGCUGCUAUCAGGAAACAGUCCCCCACCGGCCACCACUGUCCGCUGCUCUCAGCGAAGCCUCUGAUUUCUUGUCGCUCCAGACGGCCACGACAACAAUUGCUCCAGAAGUCCACGUCCACAGAGUACACUAUAUGGCUUCAUCUGCGAAUACCCAACAGUCUGGACACAUUGGAAGCAGUCUCCCGGAUGAAAUUUCACCAUCACCAGCAGAGUCUCUUCCACCUAUUGGUGCUGGCGUGUCUGUUCCUCCUACCUCUAGUGAACCUGCUCCACAUAAUGGUGAUCAUAAUGCGGUUGCUGAAACUACUCACGGGAGGAAACAUACUUCUCCAGUAUGGAAUCACUUUAGGAGGGUCACUAUUAAUGGGGAGCUUAAAGCAACUUGUAAUGUUUGCCAGAAGAAUCUCUCUGCAAGUACAAAAAAUGGAACUCAUCACUUACUGGAACAUGCCAAAAGAUGUGCCCGAAGGACUUCAACAGCCAGUGAUAUAGGGCAGUGCCUUCUAUCGGCUAGCAGAGAAUCAGAUGGAAAAACGGAGUUGAAGAAUCAUUCAUAUGAUUCCAAUUUAGCCCGACUUCAUCUUGCAUAUAUGGUGAUCAUGCAUGAUUAUCCUCUUCGGAUGGUUGAGCACAAAGGAUUUAGAAUGUUUUUGAAUACUAUACAGCCGCUCUUCAAGCCAAUCUCAAGGAACACAUUGCGCACAGAUAUUAUGAAGAUAUUUAAUGAAGAAAAGAGUAAGAUAAUGACUUUAUUGGAGCGAAAUGAUAGCAGGAUUGCAAUCACGACUGACUUGUGGACUGCUAGUAAUCAAAAGAAGGGAUACAUGGCAGUGACCGCACACUUUAUUGAUAAUUCUUGGAGGCUACAGAGCAGAAUUUUGAGGUUUAUGUAUGUUUCUUGCCCGCACACAGCUGAUGUAAUUUGUGAGUCUUUGUUUGGUUGCUUAAUGGAUUGGAAUAUCGAUAGUAAGUUGUCUACCUUGACAUUGGAUAACUGCACUACAAAUGAUUUUGCUGUUGGUAUGCUAUCGAUAUUGAUGAACAAGUUUUCUCCUGACUCUUUGUUGUUGAGUGACGUUACUUACACAUGCGUUGUGCUGCACAUAUUUUGA